CGUAAAUACUGUGCUGUAUCAUGAACUGACCUGGCUGUUGCCAGAAACAGGACACAAAGGAGCUAUGAACAUAAAUUGUCUGUCAUCAGUACACGGUGUCUCUUGUUUGAUGGUGUUUGGAUGGAAGAGAGAUGUCACAUAGGCCGAACAACCCUGAGGUGGAGACCGCAUGUGAUUUCUCAGCUGCAUGUCUUGAUCAACUGCUUGAGAUUAUCAGUGGAGAUCUGUUGUGAACAAGCCUUGGUUCCAACCUAUGGAUAAGCCUUGAUACAGUGUACAGUCGUAGCAAGCCUUGAUAAAUGCCUGUGGACAAGUCUUCAUGGAAAGUAGAGAAUCUACAAUGUAGACUUGGACGAGAGUGGUUGAUGUAUGAAGCUGGAUAACAAGUGGCAAACCAUAGGGUUAAAAGGCAAAGACAAAAUGAAAAGAUUCUCUUCCUCAGUCUGGGGUCUUAAGACUUGGUCACCAAAAAACACAGAGAAGAAAUCUGUUUUGGGAACUGGACUGUUUUGCUGCGCUCAAAGGAUAUUGAAUGGUGUACUAGAGAUGGGUGUGAGAACUUAGGGGGAAAUUUGACUGUCAUGCAGCGCUGAACUGAGCUUGAACUGUGCACAAGAGAUGGGUGACAAAUAGCUAUCUUGGCUUCACCCAUGAAGUCUCUUUUUAAGUCUUAAUCUGCGAUGCUAAGACUUGGCUCACCAAAAUGCAAAGAGAAGAGUGUGAAAACUGUUUCCGAAACUGGACCGUCUUGUUGUGCUGAUCGGAUCUUGAACUGUGUACAAGAGGUGGAUGACUACAGAUGUAGAGAAAAUAUGUCAGAGGGACAGACCAUCUCAAGCAAGACACCAAGUAAAUAUAUCAACCAUGGAAGGAAAGCAGAAAUUGGUGGUGGAGAGAGAGUCCACGAUACUUGCAAAUCUGGUAUCUCUACCCCCUUCACGAAAGAAGCCAAAGAAAAACUUCGACCUUGAAAAGAAGUCGAAAUCGGGUGUCUAAAAUCCCCCGUGAACGUGGUCCUAUCUCCGGAAUGAACGAAAAAUUGGGGGACGAUCCGCCACCGUCCCCCACCACACCCACCUCUUACAGACAGUUGGUUUGUAAUUUGAGACUAGUUUAACAUUGUGGUAUGAUAUAUCCUAAUAAGCAUGCGUCUUACAACACGCAUGAGUAUUAAAAGAUGUAGGUUACCAUAAUUAUGAACUUGUCUCAAAUUACAAAACAACUGUCUUUAAGAGGUGGGUGUGGUGGGGGACGGUGGCGGAUCGACCCCCCAAUUUUUCAUUCAUUCCAAAGAUAACAUUUUUCCUUGGUCUUGCUUGAGAUGGUGAUUUUUGUUACACCUAUAUAGUAAGAUAGAGAGACCUUCAAGGAAGAAGUAUCAACCUUAAGAUGGUCAAUAUCAGCAUCGUCUUCUGGAGAAUAAAAUCAUCACACAAAACUUAAGUGUCUUUAUUAAGUAUCUAAUAAAGAUUAAACUAUCAGUUCGUAUGCAAAGUACAGCAAAUACGACUUUCAAAAGGCUUACUCUGUCAAUCUUAACAAACCGUAGUAGCGGUCUGAACUAAAAAUAUGGCUACUUCCUCAAACUAAUAAUUACAAUUUUUAGAAGUGUUCCCUGACAAAGAAAAAUUGGAAACGAGUUAAACUUCCAGACUUUUGACGAUACAUAGACAUUACUCAGUCCACCUUGACCUUCUUUUUAAGCUUGUAGUUUUUAGGUAUCUGAAACAAAUAAGUAAUCGAGAAAUACGUAAAUAAAUAACAGUUUCAACAACUUAA